UUGUUCCACGCUUAAUUGAAUUGAUAGAACGCAUUAGAAUGGAUUAACGAUAUUUAGCACCCCCAUUAACCCGGUAUGCAUCCAUGGAUAGAGCCCAUCGUCCCACCAGUUCCUUGGCUAGAAUUUCUUUCUGAGUCUACUGACAUCAAGAAGCUAGGUAGUUACCUCAUUAGAAGGCUCAAAUUUUAGAGCCUCAAAGAUGGUACUGCAUAGCCGUUAGCACUUUCAUGUGAAGGGGUGAAGAGCCAAUCAUCAGUUUGGUGAUUUCCUCUCGAUCCACCGACCCCCAUUGUCAGCUGCCCACUCAAUCCGAGAUGAACGGAUCAGACAGGUCUUCGGCGACAGCAGCACGGUAGAAGCCUAGCUGGUAGCGAUAAUGAACCGGCAGAACGGUUCAAGUGGGGUCACAACUUCGCUGACAGGAUGUGGGGAUGGUUUUAUUCGAACUCGAUUUCAGGUGAGGUCUCGCCACUGAAUGAGGCGCGGGCCCUGGGCGGAUUGAGCGUUACUGGAUUCGUCCAAGCCGCCAGCGCUUCGGUGAGGCCCGCAGCACCACCAUCACACCACUGUAUCGUGAUCAACGACAAAUUGUCGUCCCACGUCUAGCAAGUCGUCGACCUACCCGACGUGAAGGUAGAAGCAAUGACGGUGAAUAUGGAAGAACUAUCGAAGGACCCGAGAACUUUAUAAUGUCGUCGUUAAGCCGACCGUCUCGGAAUGUUUCACUACAGCCUGCAUCGCAAUCAAGUUUUGAUUACAUCCGCACAACUCGUCAAAAGCCAAUCCAACCCUUUGGGUUUCAGUUACCAUCGUUGCAUGUACCUACAGUACACUCUACUAAGAGUACCGCACCACCACUACAAAGCUCCAACCAGCCCAAUCAAGAAGAUGGCCAUCACCCACCCGCAAGGUCUCCGCCCGCACAUGCACGCAGCCGCCAGGGCUACCGCCCCAGUGGUAGCGCCUAGGCUCGGCCCUGUCUCAUCCAGAGUAUUACCAAGCCUUUUGGUAUUGGGAGUUGCUUACACCGUUGGCUCAUAUGUACGCUCGCAAUUGACGCGCGAAGCCAGCACGAUGGAUCGCAUCUUCGCCCAGCAAAACACGCCCGAGGUCGAGGAGGUGAGGAGAAAGAGUCUCCAAGUCGAAGUCAACGGAGACCCGCGAAACAACCUCCUUAACUUCUUGGGUUGGUCUUAAAGUAUCGGAAUAGACGGGAAUGACACAAUUCCCCUCUAGAGAUUUAUACGAGAAUAUCUACGUCUUUGGAAAGGCUAUUCGGGUCCAUACUCCAGAUUUCCUUAUUGUUAUAAUCUUCAUGCCGCAUGGAUUGGGCGUUUUGGGGAAAAUAUUUGGCAUCGCAUGCGACAACCAUGCAUCGGUAUUAUUAUUCGAGAUACCUUGUGUAACUUUGUAUUUACACGUCGCUCUCACAGAGCAUAAUUGACAUUUCAUUAAUAUUCAUGACUAUAAUCUUGAAGAAU